UGCCGGGCCCUAUAUCCGGUGUCCGCCCGCCCUCGGCUCCACCGCCGCCGCCGCGAUGCUGUCCCGGUCCCGCUGCGUGUCCCGGGCGUUCAGCCGCUCGCUCUCUGCCUUUCAGAAGGGGAACUGCCCUCUAGGGAGACGUUCCCUGCCUGGGGUCUCCUUAUGUCAGGGACCAGGUUACCCUGACAGCAGGAAGAUUGUUAUUAACAACAGUAGUGUCUUCAAUGUUUGCUUCUUCAGAACUACAGCUAUGUGCAAGGAUGAUGUGAUUACAGUCAAAACCCCAGCAUUUGCAGAAUCUGUCACAGAGGGAGAUGUCAGGUGGGAGAAGGCCGUUGGAGACACUGUUGCAGAAGAUGAAGUGGUUUGUGAGAUCGAAACUGACAAGACAUCUGUGCAGGUUCCAUCACCAGCAAAUGGCGUGAUUGAAGCUCUUUUGGUACCUGAUGGGGGAAAAGUAGAAGGAGGCACUCCUCUCUUCACACUCAGGAAAACUGGCGGUAAAGAAGUUCUCCUGGUUGUCAAGAUCUCCAGUGUUCCCCCUUGGAAUUGGGGCUGAGCAUAAUGUACUAAU